AGGGCGGGGCCGACCUGGGCUACCAGGAGUGCCAGCCUAGCCCUGUACAGCAGAGGUAGUGGUAGUCGCCUUUGCCCUUGGUUCUUGUUCUGCUUGCGCUCGACCUCGCAGCCAUGGAGGCACCCCAGGAGCUUCUGAGUGGGAAGCUCCAACUCUGCUUCACCCCCGCUGCCGGGACCAGCCUCCUGAUGCUCAGGCUGAACAACGCGGCGUUGCGGGCGCUGCAAGAGUGUCGGCGGCAACAGGUUCGGCCAGUGAUCGCUUUCCAAGGCAACCGAGGGUAUCUAAGGUUCCCAGGACCUGGCUGGUCCUGCCUCUUCUCCUUCAUAGUGUCCCAGAGUGCCCAAGAGGGCCCUGGUGGCUUGGACCUUGUGUACCAACGCUUAGGCAGAUCUGGGCCUAACCACCUACACUGCCUGGGCCCACUCAGGGAACGCCUCACUAUUUGGGCAGCCAUGGAUUCCAUCCCUGCCCCAUCUUCAGUUCAGAGACACAACCUAACUGACAGUGCCAGAGAUCCUGAGAGUUGGCAGAACAUAGACUAUUCUGAGGAAGACACAGUUUCACAGCCACAAAUGGCACUAAAAGAGGUGCCAGAUCCACUGGCAAGCAGCCAAAGACAGUCACUCCCAGGAUCCUCAGAGGAACACAUGGCACAGUGGGAAGUGAGAAACCAGACCCAUCUUCCAAACAGAGAACCUGAUCAGGCACUGCCUUCCUCAGCUAGCCAGAAACAUUUGGACAAGAAGCGUCCAGCACCUGCAACCACUAGAAAACUAAAAGAAAAGAGGCUCAGAACCCUGCCUUUAGCUCCAAGUGCCCUACAAGCACUGCCCAGUGAGGACCUGCAAGAGGGAGAUUGGGAGCAAGAAGAUAAAGAUGAAGACAUGGGCUCCAGGCUGGAACACAGUCCCUCAGUUCAAGCAGAUUCUGAAUCCCCAAGCCCUGAAGAAGUACCAGAUUAUCUCCUGCAAUACACAACCAUCCACAGUGCAGAACAGCAACAUGUUUAUGAGCAGGACUUUGAGAUGGAUUAUACUGAAUACCGCAUCCUCCAUGCUCGUGUUGGGGCUGCAAGCCAAAGGUUCAGAGAGCUGGGAGCGGAGAUCAAGAGAGUUCAGCAAGGAACUCCAGAACAUAAGGUGCUGGAAGAAAAAAUAGUCCAGGAAUAUAAGAAGUUCAGGAAGCGGUAUCCAGGUUACAGGGAAGAAAAGCGUCGCUAAGAAAGUGGAUGCUUCAUUCACAACCAGGAAUGAUAUGCCUUUCCCAGUUCCACUGGAGAAGGAAGUUAAUGGGCCACACCUGGGCUGUGGGGGAGAGAGGUGCACCCAGCAGUGUCAGCAAUUCCUGAAACAACUUGGAUGGAACCCCAACCUGAUGCCACACCCAUACAGGGCAUUUUUGGGCAGAGACUAGCCUUGGGAGGUAUAAACAUGCUCAGUUGCAUGACAAGGGUAAACAGUAACCCAUCCUUAGGGUAUGGGCAGGGCCUGAAACAGACCCAACAAAAAAAGUCCCUCACCUGUUGUAGUCAUCAGGCCAGGGGCCUGGGCAAUAAACAUGUAAAGACAGAAAAUGACGAAAGGUAGAAUGGAUUUAUAGGUGAUGACUAUGGAUCUAGUUAGCUGGUCUAUAGCAGCACUGACCAAUAUGGUAAGCCAGUAGCUCUAGGUGUGACUAUUGAAAUCAAUGAAAUUUUAAAAUGUAGUUCUUAGUUACAUUUCAAAUGUUCAGUAACUACCUGUGUUAGACAAUGAAAAUUAUGGAACACUGCCAAGAUUCCAGAAAAUUCUAUUGGACAGUGCUGAUCUAAAAAAUCUUUGGUUCCCUAUCUCCUGGAAAAAAGACAGUUUAAAGGGGGCUCAUUUAUUGUCACUGUUCCAAAUGUACAAAAAAAAUUAGAAAAUAACCCCCCAACUCAAUCCCCCCACCCCACAACAUUACCCCCAACACAAAUAAUUUUUCCCAAAACCACAAACAUCAACUGGUCCUGGUAUUUCCAUAAACAGUGCAGCUAAGAAACAGUUUAGAGAAAAUUUAACGGGAUUCAGAUUAUAUCCAUUCUGUCCUCUCUGCCCUGAGAGUAAUAAUCCCAUAUGGGUCCCAGUCCUCCCCAAUGGUUUUCCCAUCUCUGGUGGAAGAGUCCUUUUACAAAGUGGCAUGUUUGGCUGCUGCUUUAGAGAUCCUCCUGUGCCUUCUUCUUCUUC